GUGAUGCUGAUUGGCUGGGGCUGCUCUGCGAAGCUUGGAAGCCUGGCGAGUCGCUGGGGAAAGCGGAGCAGACGCCUGGCGCAGCCCGGAGCAUCGGAAGGUGCUCGCUCAAGUCGGACCCGCGGAUCGGAGCCUGGAGAUAGCGGUCGGGGCCUGGAGGACAGCAGCAAGUGAAGGGGGUCCCUCUUCCUGCAGGAGGAGGUCAUGGCCUUCUUGUUGGUCACCCGAAGGCUCACCUGCAGCUCCCAGAAAAACCUCUGCCUCUUCGCACCUGGGUCCAGAUACAUCAGUCAAGCUGCUGCCAAAGUUGACGUUGAAUUCGAUUAUGAUGGGCCACUGAUGAAGACAGAAGUCCCAGGGCCUAGAUCUCAGGAGCUAAUGAAGCAGCUGAACACAAUCCAGAAUGCAGAGGCUGUGCACUUUUUCUGCAACUACGAAGAGAGCCGAGGCAAUUACCUAGUGGAUGUGGACGGCAACCGCAUGUUGGACCUGUAUUCUCAGAUCUCCUCCGUGCCCAUAGGUUACAAUCACCCGGCUCUGGCGAAACUCGUCCAACAGCCUCAGAACGCGAGUACGUUCAUCAACAGGCCUGCCCUGGGCAUCCUGCCUCCGGAGAACUUUGUGGAUAAGCUCCGCGAGUCCCUGAUGUCGGUGGCACCCAAGGGCAUGUCCCAGCUCAUCACCAUGGCCUGUGGCUCCUGCUCCAACGAGAAUGCGUUCAAGACUGUCUUCAUGUGGUACCGGAGUAAAGAAAGGGGCCAGAGAGGUUUCUCAAAAGAGGAGCUGGAGACCUGCAUGGUCAACCAGAGUCCUGGAUGUCCAGACUACAGCAUCCUCUCCUUCAUGGGUGCUUUCCACGGGAGGACCAUGGGUUGCUUAGCGACCACACAUUCUAAAGCAAUUCACAAGAUUGACAUCCCUUCGUUUGACUGGCCCAUUGCUCCAUUCCCGCGGCUGAAGUACCCACUGGAGGAAUUCGUGAAGGACAACCAACAAGAAGAGGCCCGCUGCCUAGAAGAGGUGGAAGAUCUGAUUGUGAAAUAUCGGAAAAAGAAGAGGACAGUGGCUGGAAUCAUUGUGGAACCCAUCCAGUCAGAGGGUGGAGACAACCAUGCAUCAGAUGACUUCUUCCGCAAGCUGAGAGACAUUGCCAGGAAGCAUGGCUGUGCCUUCUUGGUGGAUGAAGUACAGACUGGCGGAGGCUGUACUGGCAAGUUCUGGGCCCACGAGCACUGGGGCUUGGAUGACCCAGCCGACGUAAUGUCAUUCAGCAAGAAGAUGAUGACCGGGGGCUUCUUCCACAAGGAGGAGUUCCGGCCGAGCGCUCCUUACCGGAUCUUCAACACCUGGCUGGGGGACCCAUCCAAGAACUUGCUGCUAGCUGAAGUCAUCAACAUCAUCAAGCGAGAGGACCUGCUCAACAACGUGGCCCAUGCUGGCCAGACCCUACUCACGGGGCUGCUGGACCUCCAGGCCCAGUACCCCCAGUUCAUCAGCAGAGCGAGAGGACGAGGCACCUUCUGUUCAUUCGACACUCCAGAUGAAUCCAUACGGAAUAAACUCAUCCUAAUGGCCAGGAACAAAGGUGUGGUAUUGGGGGGCUGCGGUGACAAGUCCAUUCGUUUCCGUCCCACGCUGGUCUUCAGGGAUCACCACGCUCACCUGUUCCUCAAUAUUUUCAGUGGCAUCUUAGCAGACUUCAAGUAAAGAAGCCGUUUCCAUGACAUUCAGACAAA